UCAUAAUUUCGAAAAAUUAAAAAAUAUAACACUACAGCAAAAAUAAGUCAGACAGUGAGACAAAUGGCCGUCUUUGGUUCACUUACACCAUGGAUGCGUGGCUUGUUGCUUAUAGGCGAAAAACAAAAUAUUCAGAAAGCUGUUGAAAUAAAAUCCACAUGGCCAUGGCCAUCGCCCUGGCCCUCUCAAUCUACAUAUUAUUUCACAUAAAACAGUUACAACUCUUUUGAUUAAAACUAGUCAAUCCAAGGGUGACAGUUUCCAUCAAUUGAGGAAGAGAAAAAGGAAGAGGGGAAUAGUAGCAAUGGCAGCGGCAGCCAUGAGUCUUGUUGUUUCAGCUGGCAGUCACUCGGUUUGUGUGCAGGCCGGUAAAGGGUUUUCAAUUUCGAAACCGAAGGGGUACAAAUUGGGUCCGCGAGCUGCUUUGGUAGAAGCCAGACCCAGAGUCAAUGGUUCGCAGAUGGCGGUGCAAGUAUUGGGAGGGGACCGAGCGGAGGACCUGCAGGCGGAGGCCAGGGCCAUGGCACGUGCCGCCAAUGCCUCUGUUUACAGCCCCGAACUUCUUGCUCGCAAGUAUGGGUCACGACCCGUCCAGGUAGUGAAGAGGACUUUGGAAAUCUUGAUAGCCUUGGGUUCUUUUGCUUUGAAACUAUUGUUGGAUGAAAGGAACGGGACGUUGGAUCAAAACAAGAGAAAGCGAGCCGCUGAAUUGAGGACCAUCUUCACCAGAUUAGGCCCUACCUUUGUAAAAUUAGGUCAGGGUUUAUCCACUAGACCCGACCUCUGCCCACCCGAGUAUCUCGAGGAGCUCGCUCAGCUGCAGGAUGCUCUGCCUACAUUUCCUGACGCAGAUGCAUUCUCAUGCAUCGAAACAGAGUUGGGGAUGCCGCUCGACUCCAUUUUCUCUUCCAUUUCCCCUUCUCCUACUGCUGCUGCCAGUUUAGGUCAAGUCUACAAAGCUCAACUUAAGUAUUCAGGCCAAACUGUUGCUGUCAAGGUGCAACGACCUGGUAUCGAGGAAGCCAUUGGACUUGAUUUUUACCUAAUAAGAGGCCUAGGGAUUUUCAUCAAUAAAUACGUUGACAUCAUCACCAGCGAUGUUGUUGCCCUUGUUGAUGAAUUUGCCUUUAGGGUUUAUCAAGAGCUGAACUAUGUGCAGGAGGGACAAAAUGCGAGGAAAUUCAAAAUGUUGUAUGCUGACAAGGAGGAUAUCCUUGUUCCAGAUAUCUUUUGGAAUUAUACGAGUGGCAAAGUAUUGACAAUGGAGUGGGUUGAUGGGGUGAAACUGAAUGAGCAAGCUGCCAUUGAAAGGCAAGGUUUGAAGGUUUUGGAUUUAGUGACCACAGGUAUCCAGUGCAGCCUCAGGCAGCUACUAGAGUAUGGAUAUUUUCAUGCGGAUCCUCAUCCUGGUAAUCUUUUGGCAACACCUGAAGGAAAACUUGCUUUUCUAGAUUUUGGAAUGAUGAGUGAGACCCCAGAGGAAGCAAGAUUUGCUAUAAUUGGUCAUGUUGUUCACUUGGUGAAUCGGGAUUAUGAAGCUAUGGCCCGUGAUUACUAUGCUCUGGAUUUCUUGUCAACUGAUGUAGACGUUUCCCCAAUUGUGCCAGCACUUCGGGACUUCUUCGAUGAUGCUCUUAACUAUACUGUGAGCGAACUAAACUUCAAAACACUGGUUGAUGGUUUGGGUGCUGUUUUAUAUCAAUACCCAUUUAAUGUACCUGCCUAUUAUGCAUUGAUAUUGAGGUCGCUUACUGUACUAGAAGGUUUAGCCCUUUAUGCUGAUCCUAAUUUUAAGGUGCUGGCUGCCUCAUACCCUUACUUUGCUAAAAGGCUUCUCACAGAUCCAAAUCCAUAUCUGAGAGAUGCUCUUAUAGAGUUACUUUUUAAGGAUGGGAGGUUUAGGUGGAAUAGACUAGAAAACCUUCUUGUUCAGGGAAAAAAGGACCGAGAUUUCUCUGCAAAAGAUGCUUUGCAACCUGUUUUAAAGCUACUACUGGGGCCAGAUGGUGAAGAACUUAGGACUUUGGUAAUUAAAGAGGCUGUCCGUGUUACUGAAGCUGUUGUUCUAGGCACAGUUGUUGAUACAUACAACUCUGUACCCCCUUUUAUGCGUGGUCUAAUGUUCAAUGGCAAUGGAAAUGGAGUGCUUGCAAUGAGAGCUGGUGAAUUAGAACUCAUGAUGGAGCUUCGGGACCAGGUCUUUAGAAUAUGGGGGCUUCUGCGUUCCUCUGAAAAUUUUGAUCCAGCACUUUUGCAGCCUAUAUUACAAGUCCUUCAAAAACCCGAGGCACACAGUCUAGGGGGCCGUGUAGUUGGUGGGAUUACUCAGCGUCUUGCAGCUCGCUUACUGCAACAAGUUCUUUGAACGCCAACAGUUCCUA